AUGAGCCGGUACAGCUCACGAUACUCCGACUCCGAGUCGGAUGUCGACAUUCAUAUCAGUCGGCAUCACGCCUCACCUGCGCGUCCAGUCCGUGCUCCCGUCCAAUAUGUCGAGGCGCCACGCCGACCUCGUUAUGAUGAUCGUGAUCGCUUCCUGAUUCCUCAGCACACUGAGCGCACCGUGGUCACGGCUCGUUCCAGGUCAAGGGAUCGCCGCCAUCGCGACAGCUCACCCAGGUCUCCUCCUGCUCCUCCUCCCGCCGCCGCCGCCCCUCCUGUCAUUAUCAAUAACCACAUUAUUAACUAUUCCGACUCGGACUCGGAGUCAUCCGACGACGGGCGCCACCGACACCACCAGGAGCUCGUACGUCACACCAAAGUCGUGCGGGAACGUGCCGACUCUUCUUCCUCGUCGUACUACCGGGAAAGAGAUGCGCGUCGCCAUGAUGUCGAGCGUGAGGUCGAGCGGGAGCUGGCGCGCAACCGCAAAGACGAUGAACUCGAAAGGGCCCGCAAGGAACUCGCGGAACUAAAGUUGGUCGCUAAAAUUGAGGAGGAUGACCGCCGCCGCAACAAGACCGCCAAAGAGGAGCGCGAGCUGCACCAGAUGAAGAAGGAGCUCGACGAGAUCCGCCAGGCCAAGGAGCGCGAGGAGAAUGAGAGGCGCCUCAAGACCAAGCUCGAAGUCGAACGCCUGCGCAAGGAGGACGAGGAGCGCGUCGAGAAGCAGCGCCUGGAGAAGCAGGCCCGUGACGCGGUCGAGAAGUACAAGAAGGACGAGGCUGCCCGGAUAGCCAGAGAAAAGGAGGAGAAGGAGCAGCGCGACAAAGAGUACAAGCUGCGACUCCAGGAGCAACUGCUCAAGUCCGGCCUGGACGAGAAGGAGAUCAAUGCUAUCCUCGCCGGCAAAAAGGUCGAGAAGAAGGAGGAGAAGAAGAAGGAAAAGGAGCCGGACACGAGGCCAACCUAUACGCGGAUGGCUCGGAGACACCUCUCGUUCGAGACAUUGCGCGUGUAUAACAUUGACUACCAGCUCGAUAACGAUCCCGAAUUCGUGCUGAUCAAGAGAUGGGUUCCGGAUGCGGAACAGGAUGUCCUGUGGAGACACACCAGGAUCAUCAGAGAGGAGCGCAACCGGAAGCUGGUCAUGACCAUUGAAGACAAGCCCAAGAAGCACAAGCAUCACCACCACGGCGCAUCACUCGAGCCGGAGUUCGAGUGGGUGCGCAAGAAGGAGCGCAGGAGGAGCCGAUCUCCUGGUUUGCUCAUGUAUCUAGCAGGUGGGAGGCCUGCAUAA